ACCAAUACUCGUGUUACAGUGUGCAGCACACGCAAGUGACAGAUUUAUUUUUGUGAAGAAGUAGACUUUCGAAGUGUGCGAUGAUAGCCCUAUAUUUAGUGAGACCAUUUCGCAGCUGUGGCAGGGUCUGGCGACAUUCAACCUUAGCUUGUAAAUUCGCAUUUUGGAAUUGUCAAACAUCGCGUUUAUGCUUUUCCACCACAACCAACGGUCCUGUCAGAAAAAUGGACGAAAUACUGCGAAAGACUGUUGCACCUUUACCCUCAUAUGAGACCAGAGACAAGUCCCCACCGCCCCCGGAGUCACAUUCUGUGGAAUUUAUGAAUUUCUACGAAAGUUUAGAGAAGGAAGAGAGAGUAGUGUUUUUGGAAAGACUGUCACAAGAACAUGGAGUGGACCACAAAGAGGUUUCAGAGUUAGCAGGGAAACUGCUCGAAUCGCAGCUAAGGGACGUAGCAACUAUACUGCAAGUAGAAGACCGGUUACGGUACAGUCUGACGCCACGGUACCGACAGUUACUAAGUCACAUAAGUAGGGUCGGGGAUGGGGUGAAGUUUUUAGUCGACCUCCGAGCGGAUGUGAUCGAAAUGUUCUCAUCUAAAGCUAGCGACAGUCCACAUUUGAGGGACUUCAAUGGAACGCUGAAAGGACUGCUGUCGGAGUGGUUCUCCGUCGGACUCCUGAGGCUGGAGAGAAUCACCUGGCAGUCGCCGUGCGCGUUCCUGCAGAAGAUCAGCCAGUAUGAGGCCGUGCAUCCGGUGCGUAACUGGUCGGACAUCAAGCGUAGGGUGGGGCCUUACCGCCGCUGCUACGCCUUCACGCACGCCUCCAUGCCCGGAGAGCCUCUGGUUGUGCUGCACGUGGCCCUCACCGAGGAUAUCGCCAACAACAUACAGACUAUAGUGCGAGAGUUUGCUACUCUGGAUGCAGAGGAGGAUGCGAGUAAGAUCAACGCGGCUAUCUUCUACUCCAUCUCCUCCACGCAGGCCGGCUUACAGGGCGUGGAGCUGGGCAACUACCUCAUCAAGAGGGUCGUACGAGAACUACAGAGUGAGUUCCCCAACAUGUCCCAGUUCUCCAGCCUAUCUCCCAUCCCGGGCUUCACGGUGUGGCUGCAAGGCAUGCUGGGUCCCAGCCGCAACUCGGAGGGCCGCAGCACUGACCUGCUGUCCGAGUGCGAGUGGCGGCAGCUGGAGGAGGCCACCGUGGCGACCCCUGGGAUCGCGGCCCCCGAGGCCCUGCGCAGGCUGCUGAUGUCGGGCGAGUGGCUGAAGUCAGAGGAGCUGACGCGGGCCCUGGAGCCGCCGCUGAUGCGCCUGUGCGCCUGGUACCUGUACGGCGAGAAGCGCCGCGGCUGCGCCCUCAACCCCGUCGCCAACUUCCAUCUGCAGAACGGCGCCACCAUGUGGCGGCUCAACUGGCGCGCCGACGCCAGCUCGCGCGGCGUGGCCAACUCUUGUGGCAUCAUGGUCAAUUAUCGCUACUUCCUGGAGGAGACGGCGGCCAACAGCGCCUCCUACCUGCACGGGAAGGUGGUGUCGGCCUCGGAGCAGGUGCUGGGACUGGUGGCGCAGUUUCAACAGAACAGCAAACUCUGAGCAAUGAGGGAUACACACACACACACACACACACACACACACACACACACACACACACAUACACACACACACACACACACACA